AUGGUGGGUGGCAGGAUCUCGCGACUCUCGGUCCGCGACGUGCGCUUCCCUACGUCGCUCGGGGGACAUGGCUCUGAUGCCAUGCACACAGACCCCGACUACUCAGCUGCUUAUGUCACCCUAGAGACGGAUGCAGCAGAUGGGCUCAGAGGCUAUGGAUUUACCUUCACUCUGGGAAAAGGCACUGAAGUUGUUGUCUGUGCAGUGAACGCCCUCGCUCACCACGUGCUUAACAAGGACCUCAAGGACAUUGUCCGGGACUUCCGAGGCUUCUACCGGGAGCUCACCAGUGACGGGCAGCUCCGAUGGAUUGGUCCCGAGAAAGGUGUUGUGCAUCUGGCAACAGCGGCUGUUCUUAAUGCUGUGUGGGACCUUUGGGCCAAGCAGGAGGGGAAGCCUUUGUGGAAGUUACUUGUUGACAUGGACCCCCGGACACUGCUGUCCUGCAUUGAUUUUAGGUACAUCACCGAUGUCCUGACUGAGGAGGAGGCUUAUGAAAUACUGCGGGAAGGUGAAGCAGCUAAAAAAGAAAGAGAAAAGCAAAUGCUGGCCCAGGGCUACCCUGCCUACACCACCUCCUGCGCCUGGCUGGGGUACUCGGAUGACAUGCUGAAGCAGCUCUGCACCAAAGCCCUGAAGGACGGCUGGACCAGGUUUAAGGUGAAGGUUGGAGGUGAUAUCCAGGAUGACAUCCGUAGAUGCCGCCUCAUCAGAAACAUGAUUGGAUCUGACAAGACUUUGAUGCUGGAUGCCAACCAGCGCUGGGAUGUCCCUGAGGCCGUGGAGUGGAUGGCAAAACUGGCUGAGUUCAAGCCACUGUGGAUCGAGGAGCCAACCUCCCCUGACGACAUUCUGGGACAUGCUGCCAUUUCUAAGGCAUUGGCCCCACUUGGAAUUGGCGUUGCCACAGGAGAACAGUGUCACAACAGAGUGAUGUUUAAGCAGCUCCUACAGGCGAAAGCCCUGCAGUUUCUUCAGAUUGACAGUUGCAGGCUGGGAAGUGUCAAUGAGAACCUCUCAGUAUUGCUGAUGGCCAAAAAGUUUCAAAUUCCUGUUUGUCCUCAUGCUGGUGGAGUCGGCCUCUGUGAACUGGUACAGCACCUGAUCAUAUUUGAUUUCAUAUCAAUCUCUGCAAGUCUUGAAAAUAGGAUGUGUGAAUACGUUGACCACUUGCACGAACAUUUCAAGUACCCAGUACGAAUCCAGAAGGCUGCCUACAUGCCUCCCAAGGACCCUGGCUAUUCCACAGAAAUGAAGGAAGAAUCCAUAAAGCAACACCAAUAUCCAGAUGGUGACGUGUGGAAGAAACUCCUUGCUGCUCAAGGGAAUUAA